AUGGCGCUCGGUGCAAAGAGGCCCCUGCGACGGGGCGGGGGGACCCGGAAACUCCCAGGGUCUACUCUAAGAAUAAUUCUCUCGUGUACAACCCCUGCUUGCUUUGCUUUCUUGGACUCAAAACAAGUGGCCAGAAAGUGUCUCUUAGAGUGGACUUCAAGUAUAAGAAAAACCCGGCCAGUGUGGGAGAGUGAGGAGGGUGUGCGGAGUUUGUCUGUGCUUGCCUUGGAGUCAGCACUCACCAAAGAAACCGACAAUCACGCAGUGGGGACAGCGGACUCUCUUUGUGUAGGUUGCUGGAGAGUUGGCUCUUCCAGGAAUCGCCACGUACCUACUGUGGGAGGCGCCCGCGGGACGCCGUGUGCGCGCUGGCGACGCAGAGUCCUGGGACCCGCGCGAGCCCCGGCGGUCAGUGCCCGGCGGCGCGCUGCGCUCCGAGCGCCCGCCGCGGAUGUACCGCGCGCAGGUCCCUCUGCCUGCGCUCUGGGACUCGCUAAAGCGCGACUAGACAACGUAGAGUUUGCCGAAGCCGGCGGCGCAAGAUCUGGGGGAACUGCGACCAGAGAGACCAGGAAGGCUUUAAGGGGCGGCGAAGAGGAAAGGCUCCCCAAGGCGCGGGGUCCUGGGCUCCAGCUAGUUCUCCCCAUGGAACCUGAAAAAGUGAUUUUAUCCAUAGGAUGCAGACUUUUUCCUCCUCAGUCAUACUCUCCUCUUGGCCUUUUCAGAUUGGGGAAUAGCUCUGUUUAGCGCCUCCUAACACUGAACUGGAUUUGUUCUAUACAGGACGUCCCGGACACACGCAGUCAGCAGAACUUCGUUUCAUACAUAGGGACUUUGGGCUUUCGAUUAAAUGGGUCCCAAUGGGUUAGCAGUAUUUGUGACCUCAGAGGCAGAUGCCUUAAAUAGUGGGGUCACAAAGCGCUAGUGCUCCCCCUGAGGAGACUCUGAGAGUUUUGUAGGGGAAUAUUUGCUUCCUGUCCUGACUAAUCCUGCUGCGCCAGAAGUCCACAGGGAAACCGACUUUUUGCCCUUUGAAUUUGUGGAGCACCUCACGCUUUCUUUCCCUCAAAAGUUAUUCUUUCAGCUUUGUCACUCCUGCUGAGAAAAUGGUAUAAUCUUUGCUGCCCCUAGAAAAGGGAGUUAUUUCCGGUGCUCCGUUUGAAUGUAACUUUCCCAUUACAUGAUGGGAAUGGAGAGGUUUGUCACAGUUAGACCUAGCCUCUAAUUUUCUGGUGAAUAAUGGUUUUGCUUCCCAGUAAUUGCACAAAGUUAUUGGUACUUACUCCCCUUUCCCUUCAACUGUACCUUUUAAAUGUUUGCAUCUGCUGUUUUGAGAACCGUGUCGCAUUUACAGAUUGCAAACGUUGCCAAUGAAAAUUUCACUUGUGUUUAUAAUUAACAAGGUGAAAGGACAGCUCUAUCACUUGAAGCCAUCUUAUUGUUUGUCAGACUGAACAAAGCCUCCAUUUGGUGUCCCUUUCUCUGGAAGUAAGUGUAUCCCAUUUAGAUAAAGGUUAAGAAGUUUGGGAAUGGUUUGUCUAUGCAUAUCUAACACCGAAAAGGGUCUGCAGUGGAGAAAAUAAAGUGGAUCUCUCCAGUACAACUAUUAUUCACUUGAAAAUUCAAUUUCUUUUUUGCUCACAAUAGUCUAGGUAGAGCUAUAUGAGAAAACAAACUUUUAUGUGUGUUUUACUAAAAUUUUAGAACAAAUUCUAUAUUUAAAAUAAUUCAAACUCUAAACUUGUUCAUCAAACUUCAAACUCUAAAGUAUGCCUUGGCCAGCAAGUAUUACAUUAGAAGUUUCAAAACUGCUAUUUAUUUGUGCUUUUCAGAAUUGUAUGACAAUGACUUUUACAUUUGUUUUUCCUGCUUUGGAGGAAUUAUACAAAAAUGGAGAAGGAGGAGACAGUUGGAGUAUAAUUGUCAAGGCAAUAGAGAAAUUAGCGAAAUAAAAGAGUUGCAUAGCUCUAAAGUGCCCUGAUGCUUUUUUUUUUCUUUUAAAGUAUUUGUAUUAAGGUAAAAUAUUGAUGCUCAAAAUUGGCCUUUAUUUUUCCCUGUGACAAUAGGGACUUUAAUAAUGGUAAUGCUACAAUAAACUGAUCUCAGUAACACAUGUAUCUUUAUCUUAA